GACAUCAGAAAAGAAAAAUAUUCACCGAAGGUACCACGCAAAAAUUUGCUCGCCAAGGGAAAGCAAUUUUCACUGCCCCGAAAACCGAAUUUCUGAUGCUUCUGGAGCGCUCAAAAUAGUUCUAAAAAGUCCGCAAUAGUGUCCGGGCACCGGUUCCGGUAAAGUGCGCUCCGGAAACCGUGAUUCCGGAGUGGAAAAUAGGGAAGCAAAGGUGAAUAUAAAUCCACCGGUCGUCGCGAAGUGAUCUGGGUUAGGUUUGCUUGCGAAGCAUUGUAGGAAAAGUGGCCAAAAACAGGGGGACAUGUCCAGCAGUUCGGUUUUCAAGGUUUAUCCGUCGUCUCCCCCUAAGUCGUCGUCGAUUCACGAGGAGGAAAAUCCCGUUCUGGGUGCGGAAGGAACGUCGUCUGGGAAUGAAACCGGAUGCAGCGCCGCGGCGGGAGUUUCGAAUUCGGCGGAGGCGGAGGCCGUCGAUGAGCACCUCAAAAUUGAUUCCAAUCUGGUCAUCGUGGUCGGCAAGGACGGCAGCGUACAUGUGGAUCAGAAAACGUUGCACAGUUUGCUCGCAAAUGAAACAAAUGACACUUCAGUCAGUGUUGUCAGAAUAACAUCGCCAACACCGAGUAUCGAGGAAGAAAUAGAGGAAGAGCGAAGAUUGUUGCAAGAGCAGAAACUUCAACAAGAACUCGAAUCCGGCACAGGAUCUAGCGAUAGCGGUUCACUUGAUUCCCCGGAGUCAUCUAAUGCAGCUCCAUCGGUUGGUGGCAAAAAUGAAGCUAAUCAAUCCGCAGCGGGUCCAAGUGGAGUUAGUACACGGAGAAGCCAUAAACCUGCGGCAGCCAAGAAGGAGGACGUAAUGCUAGAUGAUGAUGGAGAAACUCCGCACGUCAGUAUGAUGGUAGAAGGGUUUUAUCCUCCCGACGAAGCGAAAAAGUUUGCCGAAGAAGUGCUCACUUUGGCUGGACUGCGUAAGCCAUUGCAUGUAGAAACUCGAAUCGAUUAUGAAUUUCAUCGAUACGUCGUGGCCAACGAUCAUUGUUAUACUCCACUAACAUCACCAAGUCAGAAAUUGCCACCACGUCCAUACUACGAAGAUUUGGAUUCACCUAUCGAAAUACGACCCGGCGACGAUACUUUGUCUACUGAUGUCCAAAACAUUCAAUCAACUGCUGCGGAGGGAACCAGUGGUACUAGUCGAAAGAGAACCCCGAGUAAAGCCAUUGCUUCAACGUCAACCAGUAAAUCGCGACGCAAAAAAUCCUUUAACAAGGAUGAGAUCAAUGACGCUGAAGACCUUCAAAGCAUUCUAGAGGAUUCAGACUCGGAUUAUUCUGCGGAGAGUUCAUAUCCUGAAGAGGAUGACAAUGAUAGCGAUUUGGACUUUAGCAUUUCCGGGAGAUCGCCGAAGAAGCGCAAAUCGGUUUCACAUAGUAAACAUCCAAAGAGUGCUUCUAAAAAGGACGAGUCGCUUGAUUUGGGCAAGAAGAAAACUGUCAAAUCGCCGAAGAAAUUUGAACCGAAAACUCCGACUUCUAUGCUUAACAAGACAGGAGGAGUUCCGAGAACAUACGGUUCAAAGCGUAACUUGCAACAGCAUUUAUCAGUACCGGCAACUCAAGUGUCUGCAAAUGUGGUCCCAGCAGUUUCUGCUCCUGUUCAUGCUCCUGCACCUACGAUAACGAUCAUUAAAAAGGAUCACAAGAAACCUGUCAAGCCAGCUCAUCACAACCAAAAGCUGAUAAGUGAUAUGACGUCUCUGUUCUCUACUCCAGACAUCAUCAAAAAAGUCGGUCCUGGGGUUGGUCGUUCUGCUUCGCAUGCUCUUACUCCCACUACAACACCAGUGAUAAUGCCCAGCACUUCAAACACGAUCCGAGUGGUAACGCCCAAUACUUCAGAAACGAUACGAUUGGUAACGUCAAACACUUCAAAAUCGAUCCAAGUGAUAACGCCUAGCACUUCAAACACGGUCCGAUUGGUACCAGCACCGAGUACUUCGAACACGAUUCGAGGUUUCGUGCAGCUUACACCCGCAAUAAUCCGUGGAUCACAAAAGCUACCGGCUCACAUUUCGAUUCAAACCCACACCAGUGCUUCCGAAGAACACGAUAAACGUUUAGAUCUCAUUGAUUCGAUUGUUCAGCAAGAACUGAACCAUUCGGAUUCAAAGCUUCCACUACAGCAACCUGCUCAGCCCACCAUGACGGAGGAUAUUGUGAAAAUGUUGGAAAAUAACCUCCCUCCUGGUGGUGUUCAGGAGUCUGUUCUCCCUAUUACAGACAACAGUAUUUUGGCCGCACUCGGCUCCAAUGACGAUGGUCUUCCGGAAGAUCUCUUACAACACGUUGCCGAGCUUGCCGAACAUAAAGAACUUCAAGAAAUUCUAGAUAAACAAGUCUUGGGGGUUAUAGGAACCGAUCCUCCAAUCCCACCUACUGCUCCUCCUUUACCCGUUCCCUCCACGUCAACCAUGAUACCAAUCCCAGUUUCUCAGCAACCGUCAAUCCCCGCUUCAACUACGAGCAGCAAUCCAUCAUCUCUAACAAAUCCAGAAUCAUUACCAACAAUGACCGUUAAGGAGCAACUGAUGCCACGAAAGGAAGCUAUCCAAAUCCGGCGGAGUGAUGGUCGCAUCAUCACUUUACCACCCAUUGAAGCACCUGCAACUCGAUCAGCUAAACGUCGCGCUCAGGCUGGAACUAGCUCUAGUGCGUCCUCUACUUCAGUGUCAGCAGCUUCGCACACGACAGUGGCCCCGUCAACUAGUGCCACUCAACUAUCAGCUACUCAACACAGCAAAUCGUCUAAACAGUCGACCAAGGUUAGUGCCGGAUCGAUAUCUUACGACGAUGGAUCCGGCAGUUUGAUGAUCGACGAGUCGCGAGGGAAAGGUAACCGAAGUGGCACCUCCAGCAGAAGGACCUCGGAAUCGUCCUCCACAUCGGGUCGCGGUAAACGGCAAAGCACGGUGGCAGUUGCUGCGGCCAUUGCAGCCGCUGCCGAAGAUGACGUCGAGUCGGAUUCGAGUUGGAACUCGGAAGAUGAUCCGAACAGACUGUGGUGCAUUUGUAAGCAGCCUCAUAAUAACCGUUUCAUGAUUUGCUGUGACACAUGCGAAGAAUGGUUCCAUGGCAAAUGCGUCAACAUCACCAAAGCCAUGGGUCAGCAGAUGGAGGAGGAUGGCGUCGAAUGGAGUUGCCCCAACUGCUCCAAGAAGAAGCAGGAAAAACAGCAACCAAAGAUGACAGAAUUUUUGGUGUCGAGCAGUAGUACUACGAGCAUCAGUGCAGUACUGGCAACGGCAGCUGGCCAAACUACGCCAAAAGUAGUUGCGGUUUCCAUGUCGGGAUGCGUCGUUUGCGGCAGUGAGUCGAGGAUAAGCUCCGUUUACUGUAGCGAUGAGUGCAUCCGGAAACAUGCCGGCAUGGCAAACAGUUCAGUAGCCACAACAACGCCCCUAUCCUCUACCGCUUCAUCACCUACUCAGAGCAUUGGCGGAUCUACUACCAAAGAAAAGCAGAGAGAUCGAUCAACUACGGAAGUUGAACGCAAACAGGACCCGACAAAUGUACCUAAACGACCGUUGUACGUUAUAGAACGUAAAACUGGCCGUUGUAAAAACAUUCCAGCUACGGAGAAUCUCAAGGAGUGGCUGUUGAAAAAUCCAACGUUUCUGGUCGUUACACCGGGGAGUCCCCAAGAAGCCAUAAUUCUUGCCAAACAAGCAGAAGUACGUAAGCAGCAGUUAGUAAAAGAAGCGCAGAAGAAAGCUGCCACUCUUUCCCCGGGCACUGGGCAUAGUUCAGCUGGAAAAGUACAAUCACAGCUGAAGAUAACGGACCAAAAAAAGCUAACAAUAGCCUCCCCUACAAGUCAGCCGAAGCAGCAACAGCCGCAACAACCUCCGAAACCACAUGUGAGAACAUUUUCAAGAGUAGUCGCUGGAACUCCCGUUGCAAAGGCUGCUCAAUUGGCCUCUAGCAUCAAACCGACAGUGGCAUCGACUCCGAAACCGUCUGCAAGCAGUACGCCAAACUCUUCGAGUGGCAGUGAGCAUGGUGGUAAGAACCAACGUAAGACUCCUGAAGCGAAGGCGUCAGUGAAACAACCGACUGUCCCUGUCGGAGAAAACAUUCGAGAGACCGCCAAGAAAACUCUGAAGAAACAUCUCCUCCAACGAUCGUCGGAAAUAACCGAGAAGGACGUUGUGCGGCUUACUGAGCAGGAAAUCGAGAAAUUUGUAGAGGAAGUCGAAGAGGAAAUGUUCCAAUUCUUCAACAAGGACACCGGCACAAAGUACCGUGCGAAGUAUCGGACACUAGUGUUCAACAUCAAAGAUCCCAAAAAUCUAUCGCUGUUCCAGAAGAUUUGCGAGAAGCGAAUCGGGGCGAAGCAGUUGGCACGCAUGACUCCGGAAGAAUUGGCUAGUCAGGAACUGGCUCAAUGGCGAGAGAACGAGAACAAACAUCAGUUGGAGAUGAUCAAAAAAUCGGAACUGGAUUUACUGGCAUGUGCAAAGAAUUAUGUCCUCAAAACCCACAAAGGAGAAGAAGUCAUCGAAGGCAAACGUGACGACCGGUUGCAGCUCGAUCCAACCACUGCCGUUGAGGAUGUGGUAGCCGUGCUGAACAAUUCUACUGUUAGCAGUACAAGUGAGGUGGAUAGCACACUUUCGCCAUCGAUAGACAACUAUCGCAAAGAUUACGAUUUCCACGGAAAGUAUUCAAGUGGGCUUUAUGGAACUGGCUCUAUAACUAGUUCGACCGUGUCCGGAACGAAUACAACUGCCACCGGCAGUGGCACUGGAUCGUCUUCAACUUCCUCCGCCAAAAAGAAGGAGUCUCGGCGAAGCCGGAGUAGAAGCAGAAGUCGCGACAGAAGCAAGGAUCGAUCGAGGAGCCGUUCAAAGCAUAAGAGACGCCGCAGCCGAAGUCACGAACGCCGGAGUAGAUCUCGCGAUCGGGAUCGAGAUCGUGAGAGGCAUCAUCGCGACCAUAGGUCUGAACACCACAAGUCUGAUCAUAAAUCUGAACACAAGUCGGCGCAUCACAAGCCCGACCACAAAUCUGAGCAUCAUCAUCAUCACCAUAAAAAGCACGAUUCGAGAGAUUCUAGAGAAAAAUCCGUUAGUGAAAAGACGAAAGAGGAAGCCUCUUCAAGUGUUUCCUCUGAAAAGGACAAGCAGCUCAAGAAAGUGGACAACAAACCAGAAAGUUUUAAUUUGAUCGAUCAAAUUUUAUCUUCUGCUGGAGGCAGUGGUAGCAAACAGGUUGAUGCUUCCGAAAAAAGUAGCAAAGCUGAACCUGAAGUUGCACCUGUUGUACCAGCUGAGCAAGAUCAAGAACCGACCAGUACGGUAACAAUUCCCACGCCUCCACAUUCCACCAGCUUUGACAACGAGUCUCCAGUCAACGACUUUCCUUCAUCAGACACGGAUGGAAACGUUGAGAAGGGCCUAUUUGUUCACUGGACAGGAAAUGUACAUAUGAUCGAUGUCGCUUCGGUGGAAAUGUCUAUCCGGUCAGUAAGUGGAGAUGUGGAAGAGGUUUCGAAUAAAAUCCCCGAAGAUUUGGAGAUUGUUGGUACGAUAAGACCAGAAAUGGUGUGGAACUACAUUGGACAGCUUAAGAGGCAAGAUAACUAUAAAAUUUGUUUAGUCAGAUUCCAAUCUAACGACACCGUCGCUUACGAAGAGCUCUAUACUAAUCUAUUAAAUCGUGGGAAAUUUGGCGUGUUUGAAAAAUUCCCCUCUGCCAUCAAGGACUUUUAUAUUUGCCCGUUGCCAGCGGAAAAAAUGAUUCACAUGAUUUUGAAACCUCUGCGAGGCGUUGGCAUCAUCGAAGGUGACAAAAAACCGAAUCUUCUGCUAGGCAUCAUUGUACAAAUCAUAAGAUCUAACAGCGGAACUGCAUCUUCUGGUGGGAAGUCAAUUGCCGCCAAGACACCUCGACGACAAACCAAGGGAACAACUAGCAGUAGUUCUACGGCUGUUUCGGCGUCUUUUGCACUGAUGCAGCAGGUCAUAACGAAAUAUGCGACAGUGAAUAAGAAAGUUCUGACUCCAGAAUCCGGAACGACGAGUAGUUCACCCUCCGGAAGUCCUCGAUCACCGGUGGCAUCAACUUCGUCUGCAUCCGUUGCUACGGUUGCCACAAAAUCCGAAUUAAAACUGUCACGAACCUUGUCGGAAUCUUCGGAUCACGGAGAAGUGGACAUGGACAUCAUUAAGGCGCCAGUUGUAGCCAAAGCAACCGCAAUGAAGGAACCCAUCGCAGCGGUAGUGAUCGAUGAUGAUGACGAUGAGCCAUAUUCCCCUGGUGGUGUCAGUGAUGAUAGUGAUCACUUUGCCGAUGUUACAGCAAUUGUUGAAACGAAAACUCCCACUUUGGACAGCGAGUCGGAACGAAUCAGGCGGGAAAUGGAGGAAAUCAAUCGUAAAAUAGCAGAGGAAAAGAAUGAGAUUGUAGGAAUAAUAAAUAAGGCGGAACUGAAAGAAGAUGAGAUCAAAUCAACGCUGGAUCCUUCGCUUAUUACGGAUAUUGCUAUUCCAUCCAAUUUGUCGGAAAUUUUGGCCAGUAUAAAAACUACACCGUCAUCAGUUGGUGAUAUUUUGAAAGGUGGUUCAGCUAAGGAAACGACUAAAAACGCUACGUCAGUUGAAGACGACGAAGAUGAAUACGUGCCGACAGCAGUUUAUUCCAGCUACAAAUCUGGCUAUGGCUAUGGUACAGGUAAAAGUGGCAUUGCAGAAUCGUCAUCAAUGCCUAGGAAACCUUCAGCAGUUGGAACCGGCAAUAGUAGCGGCACCAGUAGAUUGGCAAAGUUAACCGAAGAGGAGCUCCUCCGAAUGGUUCCCGACGAUAGCUACCUUCAACCAAGUAAACCAACUCCGUCAGCCAUUGAACUGGACAGUGACGGUUCCGCUCCGUCAUCAAAGAAACCCAAGUGGGACUCAAAUGAACCUCCGCCACCUGGCAUGGAAGGUGACAUGGAUGUAGUUUAAUUUUGGCCGAAUAUGGUAAAUCUAAUGUUUUGAGAUUCCGAUAGAGAGAAAGCGUAAAAUAUAUUUGUGACCAUUCUGGCAAAGAUUCCUUCAAAAAACAACGCUCUAUAAAUCGCUUUCAUGUUCAUAGUAUGUGCAAACGCUAAACAUAAACAUAAUUGCUCUAAUCUACUCUUGUGUUUAGAAGUAGUAACACUUGCAAAUUAUUAAAUUAUUUAAUAAUCAGCAAGCUCGUAUAUUAUGCAUUACAAACUACACAAGAUAUCGAAUAAGCAAGCGUAAUGUGAACGUAGAAGGAAACAUAAUCGUAAGGUUGUCUGUAGUUUAACAAUUCAAACCUUAGAUUUAUUGUAGAACUUUGUUAUCACUUCUGUUGACUGUGACAGGGACAAGUUCUCAUGUCCCUUGUAGAUUUGCAAUCUUUGCUAUUCGUAACUUUUAUAUUAUAAUUCACCGCUCAUGUAUGUAGUUUUUGCUUUGCCUCGAAACACACUUCGGAAAUGAUUUGGCUUUAAUGUAAUAUUUAUCUAUGCAUAAAAAAACACAUUUAAACGAUAAACUUGAUAUUGUAAAGGGGCAUGUUUAAUAUAUGCGUAAAGUAGAAAAUAGUAAUCGUAAGAGCAUUUAUUUAGGUAAGGUGACACUAGAGGCAGAGAACCACAACAUUUUCGGCGCGAAAUUUCCUCCUUAGACUUAUUUCAAGUCAUGACUUUGGAAUACAAAUGUAAAUUGAAAAGCAAAAAUGUACAAAAUUGGCUCAUUUCGAGCAAAAGUAUCGUUAACUUAUAAAAUGUUCUAUGUACAUGUUCUAAUAAAAAAAAACAUAUGUGUAAUGAAUUAAUGGAUUUAUGGAGAACAAAAUAAAUUGCUUCAACAAUUCAA